AUGACAUCUCCAGGACCUGGCGAGGUUAUGGGAAUUGGGAACAUGUUGAACCAGAAAGGCGGCGUAGCAGCGCCUCAUCAAUCACAAGAAGCACCCGAGAUGCCUAAGCAGGAGCUCCAGCCUCUUCAGCCUCUCCAGCCACUCCAGCCACUCCAGCCUCUGCAGCCACUUCCACAGAUCCCUCUCGACAGGGCCGAUUCUCCGCACGGUUCAGAGCACUCACGAUUCUCGGCCACACCCAUGAACGGCAUCGACAACACUCGGCCCUAUGGAUCGCCAUCCACGAUGCACACCCCUAUCCACAUGCCCGAUCCCAAUCUGGCUCAGCCCGGCAUGAUCCUGCCAAGCUUGCCGCAGAGCAUUGUCCCUCCGAUUCUACCGCCGUCAGUUGGUACCCCCGGAGUUCCUGUCCAAGCACCUAGGAAUCUGCCUGAGGAAGUGUUGAAGGCGUUCCCGUGCUCAACCUGUGGAAAGCGUUUCGCACGGCGCAGUGACUUGGCAAGACACGAGCGAAUUCACACGGGCGACCGACCUCACGUCUGUGACUUUCCCGGCUGUGGCAAGCAGUUCAUCCAGCGUUCUGCUUUGACGGUUCACCAGCGAGUGCACACGGGCGAGAAGCCGCAUCAGUGCGAGCGAUGUGGAAAGCAUUUCAGCGAUUCUAGCUCUUUAGCCAGGCACCGUCGCAUCCACCUGGGUGUGCGGCCCUACAAAUGCCCUUACGCCGAUUGUCAAAAGACCUUCACUCGUCGUACCACUCUCACGAGACAUCAGAACCACCACACAGGUUCAGUCGAGGACGCUGCUAGAAGCACGGCCGAGGCUCUCGCUCGUGGAGCAAGCAACGCCGCUGUCGCGAGAAGUGCGUUGGCUCGACCGCGAUCUGACGGCGAGCAAGCUUCCGCUCAGGGAUCUCCCUUGUCCACUCCAUCCCCGGCCCAACGACCGCUCUCAAUGUCGCCUUCUGCGGACCUGGCCGGUAUCAGCAGCUUACAGCAUCAGUAUCUGCCGAAUACCUCUCUUCCCUCGCAUCUCCGAGGUGAUGUCCAUGCGGCAAGCCCUGCAUCGACUGUCUCUUCUGGAUACAACAACAUCCGGCCCACAUCGCACCCUACUGGAUACAACCCUCCUUCGACGCUGGAGCCUAGUAUCGAGCCGUCUCAGGGUCCCGGAAGCGCUGGCGGUAGUCCGCAUAUGGGAAGCGUCGGAUGGCAAUCCCCCUCCCAUGUUGCAUCGCCCUCGCAGAGUGCGAACGCCUACGUCUACCCCGACCCGGACUCGACCUAUCCUGCAAAUGGACUGGGUCAACUCUUCUACCAAAACGCUCCUGGUGGUCGCGCAACUGGCAGUGCUGAGCCAGGUUCCGCCUCGUCCUACGACUCGAAACCUCGACAGAGCGAGCUCUGGGCCACGACGCAGUAA